GUAGCCAGAAGCUGUCUAUGUGGGUCUCAUAUAUUGCAAUUUGUCUACGUCACGUUUCCAUGCCAACCAACGUGCUUUACUAACUACCAGUGGCGCACAGGCUAUUGUGUGUUGUAUGAGGCCCGUCCGUCGCUACUACUCGUGUACCUACCACACACCGGUACAGCACGGCCACCGUAUAUACCGGCUGAUCGAUCUCUCCGCACGACUGCCAAUGUAAAUCCCCGUAAAUUAUCAUGUAAUUUUACGCCUAUUAAUACGACACCGUGUCACAUCGUGGGGUUGUGGAACGGUGUGACUGGCGACAGGCAAGAUGUGAUCCCGAAACAGAUCGAGAGGCCAGACGCGUUAUAACGAGGGAACAUCAUCUAUACGUGUGUGAUUUAGAAAUAUAUGUGUGUGUGUGGUAGCUUUUCCGCGUCAUCAUUUUAAUCAUCGUCAUCCUCAUCCCAAAGCAUAGGCGGUAGUGUAUUAAAGUGUCGUAUGGAUUUUCCAGCAUCACCACCAACAGCACCGACUGUAUCCAUGAUUGAAUGUAGUCUGACGACGAAACGUUGGCUGUUUGUGAGAGAUACGUUAUAUAAUGCAAGCUAGCACACCAGGCGAGCCACAAUCAGCUGAUAUAACAAGAGUGUCGUCUUCUUUAUAUCGCCACAGCAGCAGCGAAAGUGGCACUAGCAGCGAAGGGGUCAAAUGCAUCCCCUUUAACCCUGUCACAAGGGAGAGCAUCAGUGGCGUCUCCAUUACCAUGAAAACCCAGCCCCGCAAAGACGGGUUUGACCCCGACCACAAGACAACGACCCGGAUAGAUUUCGGGGACUUCUUUCCCGACGGCGGUUGGGGCUGGGUGGUAACAGGAGCCGCGACUCUGGUAAACAUUUUGUGUAACGGAUUCCAUUACGCCUUCGGGACCCUGUACCUUUGCAUUUUAGAACAAAAGGAAUUGAAACAUCGAGCUGACGCCAUCAAUACAGCAUGGCUCGGAAGUGUCGGUGUCAGCAUCACGCUUUUCCUUUCGCCUAUCAUCGCCACAAUCUGUCAACGAAAAAGCCCGAGACUGUACGCCGUCAUUGGGGGCCUUAUCUGUUCCCUUGGGUGCUUGUUUUUAGCCUUCUCAACCGAAAUGGAUCAGUUAUUUAUCAGUCACUGCGUCGUGCUUUCAUUGGGAAGUGGAAUAACUCUUACUUCUGCCAAUAUUAUUGUUGGACGUUAUUUCCGCCGGAAACGGCAUUUAGCGGAAAUGAUCAUGAUUUCCGGUACAGGACUCGGCGCUGCUGUGAUGUCCGUUUUGUUUAGGAAUCUGUACAAAAAAUUAGAAUGGCGGGUAGCCCUUCAGUGCCUAGCUGGUAUCCUUGUGCUGACGAUCUUCGCAGGAUCCCUGUAUCGCUCCGCGUCCAUGUAUCAUCCCCGGCGGAAGGUUAUUGUGCACAUUAAGUCACAGAAAAAGGGUCGUAGGGAUCAGGAGGACGACAACACCGUGGCCUACUUUGACUUUUCUGCACUUAGAAUGCGUUCCCUCCAGGCCCUAAUGUGUAUCACUGGAAUUGUAGGCUUGGGAAUUUACGUUCCUUUCGUCGUCAUGAUAAAGACGGGGUCAGAGCAUUACGACAAGGAUAUGUUACUGCUGUAUAAUGUCUACCUGGGUCUGGGAUUCCUACUCGGCUGUCUUAUUCACGGAUACAUCGUCAUCCGCGAGAGUAAAGAGUGCGUUAUUUCCACCCACCAUCUGUGCCAGUCCUCGUGUAUAGCGUGUGGGUUGCUCACUCUCCUCCUCAUCAUGGCCAAAGACUUUAACGCGUUCGCAUUGUACGCAUGGGCGUUUGGCAUCUUCUGUGGAGGCUACCACUAUACCCUCAAAAUGUACACGUACGAACUGGUCAAGCUCAAAAUCAUGGAGAGGGCGUGGGGCUUUGUUGCUGUAGGACAGUGCAUCCCGGUGUUGAUAGGAUCGCCAAUCUCGUUAUACCUCAAUAGAACAUACGACACACCAAAGGCUGGCUACAUUUUCUCCGGCGUGUCAAUGCUGCUGGGUGGACUGCUCUUCUUUCUCAUGCCAAUGUUUGAAAAACAUAAAUCAAACCAGGAAAUUAUCCAAAUUGCGAAAAACACCUGUAGUAAGAACAGUGCCGAGGCGGCGGCUCUGCUCGACCUUGACCUCACUGAAGCUAUGAUUACAAAGCCUCUUAAUAACGUGCAAUUCAUUGUGUCACCUUCUCGUCUUAAACAGAACGGCAAGGACACAGGGCGCAUUCAGAUGCAGUGUUUCAUUCAUCACAAGGAGAAGGAGAGGCCCAGACAGAUUCUGUUAUCUAAGAUCACAGAGGAGAAGGAAGGUCUACGUCUCGACUUCAACGAAGUGUCACACGCCUCGCUGUCCUCCAAAGCAACGGACAGUUCAUCGUCCCACUCCCACAGACGGGACAGGUUUGAGCGGUCUGAGCUCUCCCACAGCUGUGCGCACACGUCUGAGUACCCAAGCGACAGUACACAUUCAAAUCACACGGGCAAGUCCGCCCAGUCUGAGAGCACUUCAUCUCGCUCGGGUGAACACCGUGGCGAGCACCGCAGCGAACACAGGAAGUUCAAAAAGAGCAUGGACAACGUCCGGAUAGAGUUGUUUGAUCCUCCGAGCCAGGAGAAGGAGUCGACAGCCACUGUAUCGUACGACAGUGAUCUGUAUAUAAACUUAUGCGAGGCCCAAGUCUAAUGUAUACUCGAUUUAUGUUUAUACUAUAUGUAUAAUACUAUUUUCAGUUAUAUGACUUAUAUUAUUAUAUUGUUAUGAUAAACCAGCUUUCAUGAUAAGUUUUAAUAUACAAAGUUGGUGUUUCCUUCGCUGCUCAGGUCAAGGAGGGAUACACACGAAGGCAGCAAUGUGAUACUCUUUCCUGGACUUGCGCCCAUGUCCUGUGGCUGGUCAUGGUUCAUGUUUCUUGAUUAGCGCUCCGUAAAGAGGGAGUUUUUGGGUUAGUAUAGUGGUUAGACUGGUAUUCGGGCCGGAUCCUUCAUAGAAUAAUACUCGCUUUUGUGUUGUUGGCUGGACUGGUCAUGAUAUCGGAUAUGGAGAAUAUUUGGAAGUCUGUUAAAGGCUGGGGAGGGUUGAUAAAGGGAGGACUGUGGUUAGAGUUAUAUACUGGAAGGACAGUUCAGUAAAGGGGUGAAAUUUUCACCGGUUCGAACUUGAAGGUGAAUGUAAUACUGGGCGAAAUAAAGCGAAGUAUGUUGACGUAUAUUUAUCUGUACCGGUUAGAAUACGUGAGUAAAUUCAAUACUUGAUGAAUUGUUUUAAAACGCCAGAAGUAGAAAUUCGACUAGGCGAAAGGAACACGAUUUCCAUUGUUGGGGUCUACCUAUGGAUUUGUGUAAUAAACUGAUUUUUAGCUUUGGAAAGCCUUGACCCUUUCUUGACUAUCAGCAUGUUCAAAACGUUUGUUUUCUUGGAUAUGAAUGUAGUGGGUCGAUGUGGGUGGGCUUUGGAGUAUUAUAAUUUCCGGUAGGGUCGGUGAUGACCCGGAUGGCUGCCUCUAUAACCGGCGUACGCCUGGACAUAUAUACAGUUUAUAUAUAGAUAUAUAUACAAUAUAUGUGUGUAUUAAUUUGUUCGUGUCUAUCUUCACUAUUCCAGUCUUUGAUUAUAGGAUGUGUCUCUAUGAAAAAAACCCUGUUUUUAACGUGUACAUGACUUUUAGACAUAUUUGACGGAUUAGUAAUGUUUUUGAAAAAACCCAUUCCUGUGUAUCAUUCCCAUUGAAAUCGAAUUGUUUGUAAGUGAUACCAACCACUUCUCAAACAAAAUACAAAAAAAACCACCAUGCGUGUUUCGAAUUUUGAAAUUAUGUAUGGACUCAUCCUAUAAUUAAAGGCAACUGAUAACCGUUAAGAUGGCGCUGAAUAAGUAUUAUAAUUAUAUAAUUGUCUGUCAUUUUAUUCUUGUCAUUUGCUCAUGGGAAGUCGUGCUUGGAAUUAUGUAAAUGUACAAAUUAUAUAAUUGUAAAUAAGUGAAACAAACACAAACCGGGCUAGUUCUCCAACGCUAGCAGCCUAUGAAAUAACAAAUACCAUUUCUUUUCCUUAUAACGAUAUAUGUACCCAAACAUAGAGAGGAAAGGGAGAGAAUGUGAGAGAAAUAGGGAGAGCGAAAAAGGGAGGGAAGUAGACAUUUAAAAAAAGCGAUCGCUGAAAAUUGUAACAGAAAUAAGCCAUGAGUUAGGCUUGGAGAAUUAGCCCCAAUAUGUAUGUCUGUGUGUGUGACAGAUGAUUUGUGAAAUAUAUUACAAGUUCGUGGAUCAAUAAAUGCUGAAUAUAGCAUAGGAGAUGGUUUGUGACGUUAAGCGGAAAUACAGAUGUUUAAAAUGAAUUCAACUACAAUUCAAGUACAUAUCUUAAGUGCCACAGCUAAGUCCACAUGUCGUAUACCAGCGGUUGUUUUCAUAAAAGCGCUUACUUACAACGUAAUGAUUUGGGCAUUAAUUAAAAACGUUCCUGAAAGCUUACAGAUAUCAAUAUCGAAGUGCAAUGUAACAAAUACACCAUCUUUGCGAUAACAAAGAUGAGAAUUAUAUUGGAUGUCAAACUGACUAGUUUAGUGCAAUUUGAAACAAUAAAAAAUAUAUAUGCAUGAUUAUUAUAAUAUUAUUGACAAAAGGCAGCGGAUUGGUCUUUUCCACGUGACGUAGGGUACAUAGUCAGCUUAAUAAGAUCACGACUAGGCCUGGAUAUUGGUUCAAAGGAGAUUAUGACGUAAUCCAGUUUCGCUUGGGAAAAUAUUAUUAACAAAAGUGUCCGGACUGACGGCAUUCCACUGUCCCAUAUGUACUACAAUCCUGGCAUGUCUUAUGUUUAGCAGUUGUGUGAUUUCAGCAGCUUAUGAAGGUUAGCAUAUUGAACAUUUGUUGGUCCAUAACUUGGACGAUUCAUGUCGCAAUUUUGAGUGCUUCUGUGACAUAAAAUAUACAAAAACAACAAACUGUUUUGUUAUGUUUCUUA